UACCUACCAGUGCUUCUUGACGAACUAAUCUUGCGACGUGUUGUGCGACCCGUUUGUUGUGCGGAAAUAUUACAUUAAACCGGCUGCACAAUGCAGGGUCCCGCUGUUUUUAUCGAUGCCGAGAUCGACGAUCAGGCCCAAGAGUUGCGGAAGUUCUUCAAGAAACUCGGGGCUGAAAUCAGCGAGGAAAAGUCUAGCAAAGGCAUCGAAGAUGAUCUACACAAGAUCAUCGGAGUUUGCGAUGUGUGCUUCAAGGAUAACUCGCACACACCGGACGAAAUUGACGCCGUGCUGAACAGUGUUGUGUCCAUCAUCGUUUCCAUUCCAUUGGAGCGCGGAGAGAACCUGAUUCUUUCAUUCUGCGACAAGAUGACAAAAGCGAAGGAGCCCAGUCUUGCUCGAGUUUGCCUGCAAUCCUUGUGGCGUUUGUUUAGCAACUUGGAGGUGACCUCCCCACUUCGUUACCAUGUGUACUAUCACCUGGUGCAGGUGGCCAAACAGGUGAAUCAGGUAAAGGAAGUAUUCACAGGCGUGGAGCAGUUGAAGGCACAAUUUGCUCAGUGCCCGCCGUCGAAUGAGCAGAUGCAGAAACUGUAUCGCUUGCUGCAUGAUGUCCUGAAGGACACCAACAGUGAGCUGGCGUCUAAGGUGAUGAUCGAGCUGCUUGGCACGUACACGGCCGAGAAUGCAUCGUACGCACGCGAGGAUGCAAUGAAAUGCAUCGUGACCGCUCUGGCUGAUCCCAAUACGUUCCUCCUCGAUCCUUUGCUAUCGCUGAAACCGGUCCGUUUCCUCGAAGGAGAACUGAUCCACGAUCUUCUGUCGGUCUUUGUAUCAGAAAAGCUUCCAAGUUAUCUUCAGUUCUACAAGAAUCAUAAGGAAUUCGUCAACUCGCAGGGGCUGAACCAUGAACAAAACAUCAAAAAGAUGCGACUGUUGUCCUUCAUGCAGUUGGCGGAAAGCAAUCCUGAAAUGACCUUCCAGCAACUGCAGGAUGAGCUUCAGAUCAAGGAAGAAGAGGUGGAACCGUUCAUCAUCGAGGUGUUAAAAACGAAGCUGGUCCGCGCCCGAAUGGAUCAGCGUGCGCGGAAGGUGCACAUCUCCAGCACAAUGCACCGCACGUUCGGUCGCCCGCAGUGGCAGCAGCUGCGUGAUCUGCUGCUUUCAUGGAAGACAAAUCUUACUCUCGUUCAAGACAACAUCAACUCGGUGGCAGUCGCCCAGGCCGAGCUGGCCCAGCGUCAGUGAACAUAGUGCCGUGAACAGAUUUGACUGUUUCUCUAUUUAUCGUGUGUGAAAAUCGAAGAAAAAACUCGAUAGCAGCCGAACCUUAACCGUAGAGACAAUUCUGGAUCGUAUUAAAGAGGAGAGAGGGGAGAGAACGUAGGUGCGUGUCUGAAGCAACAGAACAUUGGGCUAGCGAAGUGAAUUAUCGUGCGUAAGCAGCUGUGUGCAGUGCAAGGUAGAAGUUACGCCGAGUUACUUUCACCAACGACCGCAGGUAAUCGACAAGGAGCGCGGUCCGUUCAACCGUUCAUAUUCACAAAUUCACCAUCAUUUGAAAGAAUUUAUCAUCAACAUCGAACAGCUGUCGUUUCAAUAAAUUCUUUUUUAAUAUGAACGAUA